AAUAAGUGAACCUAGAAGUUUUAUUAUCGUUCAAAUCAUUUGAUAAAGUUUUAAUACUUUGUUUUUUAUUGUUAAAAGCACUAUUUUUGAUAGUUGAAUAUGUAGUUAUUAUAAACAGUAGCCGGCGGAAACAAUUUCCGGCGGAAUCGAUACAAAAUCGGCGGAAUCGAUAUACGCCCGUUAGGACAGCAAAUAUAUAAUUAAAUUACACUUAAAGUUGGGCGCAUGAAAUAUUAAUUUAUCACUGGUCUUUCCCAGCCAUGAUGGACUGUUGUCUAAUAUUCAAUUCGUAUUUUAUUUAUGAAAUCUUUGUUUGACAAUGUAUUUUUAUCUCAAAUUCUGACAAAAUAAAUUAUGAAUAAUUACGCAGGCCUUAAUUAUAUCCACAACAAAGUUUUCUGAUAUGUUUAAAGGCUUUUGAAAUAUUUUUCAUAUUUUUCGAAAAUUUAGAGAUAUAAUUAUGAUUCUGAAUAAAAUUGGAACAAUUUCAAUAAGAAUACGAGGCCUAGAUAACUGCCAUGGUUGUUAAAAAUCCAUUUAGACGUUGUUACAUUGUUGCCUUUUCUCGUGGACGCAUAGUAUUUUGAGACAAUACAAAAACAAUACAAAAACAAUACAAAAAACUUCAUCCACAAUAAUAAUAGCCAAUAGGCAUACAGAAUGCUUAGUCCUAGUACCUGGUAGUUUGAAAUUAUCUGGUAUCUGAAAAUGUUUGUUUUGUUAAUUUUUGAAAAAACUUAAAAACCCAAUUAUUAAUUAAUUGUAUUGACUUUAUUUAGCAUAAUAUUUCGGAAUUUUUGGUACAAAUGGAAAUAUCCAUAUUUUGCAUUCGUGUAAGUAUAUUUAUAGUAUUUCAGCGCAUUAAUUUCUUAGUCCAGAACCUUGUUUAAAAAUAAUAUAGGUAAUACAUUUUUUUUUUUCAAUAAAGUAUGAAUUGUAUUUUAAUAUUUCAAUAUUAAUGAAUGUUUAUCUGAUGACGAUACUACCCUGUUUAAACGAUACCUAUAUAUUUUAUUGAGCUCUGCACGAAGUGAAAAUUAUAUUGUUUCAAGUGGUAUAAUUGCAGAGUAGUGUUGUGAAAUUAUGUUUCAAGAUAAUCAUUUAAAUAUAUUUAGGUAUAAUUGUUUACUCCGAAGCAGGUUGUAAUUAUUUUCAAAUAUAAAUUAAGAAAUUCUACUACAAAUCGUGAUAUAGAUCGUUGGUUAAAAUGUAAAUUAUUGAUAGAACAAUAUUUUGCCUUCAAAAAAAGUUUGAUUUUAAUUAAUAUAAAUCCGUGCAUCGUUAAUUAUUUUGACGUAUAAAUUUUGCGUGAAAUCAAUUUUACGCAAUUUUAUCGGGACCUUAUAAUAUUGUAGCUGGCCACAAAAUGUCUUGUGUGCAAGAACCCUAUAUGACCGGUGUCGAGACGACGGUGUUUCGUUUCUAUAGGACACGAGUGCAUAUUACAAUAUUAUUAUCGUUCAGCACAUUACAUAAGGUAUCAGAAAAUUCACAAAUUUACGAAUACGUUUGAAACCUUAAUAAUUUUCUGUACAUUAUAUGCGUUCAAUCAUAUUUUCUAUAAUAAAUAUUAUAUUGUAAUAUACUCUGUUGGUCGGAAAAUGUCGGAAAGAGACGUGGAUACGAGCAGCAGUUGCGACGAUACAUCGAGUCUAGUCGACUCCGAGUCGAGUAUGGUCAGCAGAUCCAAGACUUCGCCGUUGUCGUGCACAUUGAAAAAGUCAUCCAGCCCGAUGAUGCAGAAUUUCCUCAACUACGAUCCACCAAGCCAGAUUUCGGAUGACACGUACUAUUCGUCGUUCACAUAUUUCGUUAGCCGUUCUGUUGGGCUCGGGUUCUUGUGCCUACCAUAUGCGUUUAAGCAGGUGGGCGUGAUCACCGCCUUGGCGUUGUGCUUUAUCGGUGGAUUGAUGUUUACCCACUCCUUCACUACCUUGUGCCGUUUUAGAUAUAAACUAUGUCUAAUGCACAGAGUUCCGACAGUGCCGUAUCAGAACUUGAUCGAGUACAGCUUGGCAUGUGGCCCGAUCUGCAGAUGGUUUUCAACGUUUUUAAGGUAGACAAUAUAAUAAUGAUAUUUGUAUUAUUCACACGCUGAAAGGGAUGUAUGCGUUGAUUAUAACAGUUUGUAGCAUAAAUAUUAUAUAUGUAAAAUGUCACACCACGACAACGAACGAGACGCAUAUAAAUAUUAUUAUUAUAUAAUAUAUUAAUAUUAUAUUAUAUAGAUAGGAUUUUUCAAACGGUCCAGUAUUGUUCAUACCUGUUAAACGUUAUUUGUUUAUACACUGAAAGGUUUACGUUUAUCGCCACGAACCUGACGUUGAAUUUUGGAAAGAGUUGUCUGUACAUGAAAUUCGUGUCGUUGACAAUUUACGAGGUACCUAUACGUAACACUAUGUAAUAUGUGUUUAUAUCGUUACCGUAAGUGUCAUAAAUUCAGACAUUAUUAACUAACGGCUAGUCAAAUGAUAAUAAUAUAAUGCUUGGGUACGUUAGUAAUUAUCUAUUGCAGGUAACAUAUAUAUAUUUUAAAACGUUGACUUGAUAAGUUGGACAACGUUGUACGCAUUGAUACAUUCUGGCUUGUCAUCUUGUCAUUUCCGAUUGUCAUGCACACAAAGUUAGUAACCUGAUAUAGAGUAUCAAGUCUUGACUAUUAGGUUUUAGAAACUUAAGGUUUAGGUCCAUUUACUGUUAGAGACAAUAUUAUAGUGUUAUGAGAUCUCAAGGAUUCCAACAUUACCACUGCAAAAUAAAAUUAAAAUCUAACUAAAUAUGUAUAUAGGCUUUUAUCGUUCAGCUAAGCGGCUUUUUGCACUUAAAAUUACAUAUCAAUUUAAUUAUUAAAAAAUG